AUGCUGCUGCUGCUGAGCCCCGGCACCGGGACGGGGUUGCUCGCGACGCGCGGCCUCGACCGCAGCAGGCAGGGCCCUCCUCCGGGCGCCGCCUCGGCGAGCGCGCAGCCAGUCGCUGGGGAUGCGGUGGGUUCGCUCGCGGCGCCCUCGCGGCUGGGAAUACCGCGCGUCGUCUUCCUGCCGUCGGGCGGCGGCGGCGACGACCUCUCCGAGUUCGACCUCCCUCCCGCGCCGCGCGAGGGCGAGUACGGCUCAGCGCUCGCCUCUCCUCUUGCCGGCGAGUAUGCGGACUGGGGCUCCCUCGCGCGGCUGCCGCCGGCGCAGCUGAGGGGCUCCGACCUGAAUGAGCUGCUGCAGCCGGACAGCGUGCAGCGGCUCCGCUUCGUCGUCAGCCCGAUGGAGGCGUACGGCGCCCUCUUCCGCUGGGACACCGUCUUUGCGGGCCUGCGCGGCCUGCACGCCGCCGCCUGGGCGGAGGACAGCGACCGCACUGUCGGCCGGCGGCCAGAGAUCGCGGUGACGCAGGUCUUCCGCUGGCAGCCUGCGCUCGACGACUGGGGCGCACUCUCGUACGAGUUUUGCGAGGCGCUUGGCCGCCGCUUCUCGAGCUACGCCUUCGAGCCGCGUCCGGGCGCCGUGCGGCUGCUGACGCUGCUCAACGAGUACCAGGUGCCCUGCUGCCUCUGCUCGGAGCUGGACGAGCGCUCGCUGUCGGACAAGGUGGAGGCGGCGGACAUGGCCCGCUUCUUCCAGGCCUCCAUCUGCGCCGAGGAUGGCGCCGAGACGGCCGAGCAGGCAUACCUCGCUUCCUGCGUCAAGCUGCGGCGGCCGCCCGCGCGGUGCGUCGUGUUUGAGGACUCGCCGCAGGGCGUGAGCAGCGCAAAGGAGGCGCUGGCGAAGGCGGUGGCGCUCGUGGGCAAGCACCCGGCCUAUGAGAUGAUGCACGCCGACCUGCGCAUCUCCAGCCUCGAGGACCUCACCCUGAUGGCCAUCCGCGAGCUCUUCAGUGGCGAGGAGCCGCGCUAG